CUGGGACGGCGAUUUUCGUACCGUAUGUGGGUUAAUUUCUGUGAGACACUGCUCUGUUAUUUUUACUUUUUGAUUCGGGGAAGAUUAUUACUUCCACCUUGAUAGCGUUUGUUUAGCAGGUGGCCGUUCGGCGCCUGCCCGCCUGAUCUGACCUGGCCUGGCCCGACCUGACCUGACCUGACUCGACGGCUCGGCUCGCCCCUCAUCAUGGACGUGGCGCUGCGCAACAUCCGGGGGAAUAUCGAGCGGCUCUUCGACAAGAACCUCACCGACCUGGUACGCGGUAUCCGCAACAACAAGGACAACGAGGCCAAGUACAUUGCGCAAUGCAUCGAGGAGAUCAAGCAAGAGCUGCGGCAGGACAACAUCGCCGUCAAGGUCAACGCCGUCCAGAAGCUGACCUACAUCCAGAUGCUGGGCUACGACAUCAGCUGGGCGAGCUUUAACAUCGUGGAGGUGAUGAGCUCGCCCAAGUUCACCUAUAAGCGCAUCGGCUACCUGGCCGCCUCGCAGUCGUUCCACCCGGACACGGAGGUGCUGAUGCUCACCACCAACAUGAUCCGUAAGGACCUGAACAGCCAGACCCAGUACGACUCGGCCGUGGCGCUCACCAGCCUCUCGUGCUUCAUCUCCACCGACCUGGCGCGCGACCUCGCCAACGACGUCAUGACCCUGCUCUCUUCCACCAAACCGUACCUGCGGAAGAAGGCGGUGCUGCUCAUGUACAAGAUUUUCCUCAAGUUCCCCGAGGCGCUGCGUCCCGCGUUCCCCCGGCUCAAGGACAAGCUGGAUGACCCGGACCCGGGUGUCCAGAGCGCGGCCGUCAACGUCAUCUGUGAGCUGGCCAGAAAGAACCCGCAGAACUACCUGGGCCUGGCUCCCGUGUUCUUCAAGCUGAUGACGUCAUCCACCAACAACUGGAUGCUUAUCAAGAUCAUUAAGCUGUUCGGCGCGCUGACGACGCUGGAGCCGCGGCUGGGCAAGAAGCUGAUUGAGCCGCUCACCAACCUCAUCCACAGCACGUCGGCCAUGUCGCUGCUGUACGAGUGCAUCAACACCGUGAUCGCAGUGCUCAUCUCCAUCUCGUCCGGCAUGCCCAGCCACAACGCCUCGAUCCAGCUGUGCGUGCAGAAGCUGCGCAUCCUGAUCGAGGACUCGGACCAGAACCUGAAGUACCUGGGCCUGCUGGCCAUGGGCAAGAUCCUGCAGAGUCACCCCAAGUCAGUAACGGUGCACAAGGACCUGAUCAUGCAGUGCCUGGACGACAAGGACGAGUCGAUCCGACUGCGCGCGCUCGACCUCCUCUACGGCAUGGUGUCCAAGAAGAACCUGAUGGAGAUCGUGAAGAAGCUGAUGGUGCACAUGGAUCGCGCCGAGGGCACCACGUACCGCGAUGAGCUGCUCUCCAAGCUUGUCUUCAUCUGCAGUCAGAACAACUACCAGUUUGUCACCAACUUCGAGUGGUACCUGAGCGUGCUGGUGGAGCUGACCCGGAUCGAGGGCUCGCAGCACGGCCCGCUGGUGGCGGCGCAGAUGAUGGACGUCACCGUGCGCGUGCAGGCCAUCCGACACUUCGCCGUGGCCCAGAUGGCGCUGCUGCUGGAGAACGCGCACGUGCUGGCCACCGCCGCGCACCGCAACACCAUGCUGGAGGUGCUGUACGCGGCCGCCUGGAUCUGCGGAGAGUUCUCCGAGUACCUGCCCAACAUCCGCUCCACGGUCGAGUCGAUGCUGCGCACGCGCCCGGCCAGCCUGCCGCCCCACAUCCUGGCCGUGUACGUGCAGAACGUGCUGAAGCUGUACGGUCGCAUGCUGGGCCGCGCCGAACAGAGCGAGCAGCCGGAGGACGUGGACGGCGCCAUGGUGGAGGUCAACCAGGUGGCUGAGCUGAUCGUGGAGACGCUGCCGGCGUUCGCGUCGUCGGCGGACCUGGAGGUGCAGGAGCGCGCCACCUCGGCGCUGCAGCUGAUGAAGACGGUACAGAAGCUGCAGCAGCGCGGCGAACGGCUCGGUCAGGAGCUGCAGGAGCUCUUCAGCGGAGAGCUGAACCCGGUGGCGCCCAAGGCGCAGCGUAAGGUGCCGGUGCCGGAGGGCCUGCGGCUGGACGAGUGGAUCAACGAGCCGUCGGACGAGUCCGGCGACGAGCCGGACGCCGGCGUCGACUACGGUGUCGAGGUGUUCGUGCGGGCCGAGAGCCGAGCGGCCGGGCCGGCGGCGGCCGAGCGGCGCUACCAGCCCACCGCCGAGGAGCUGCAGAAGAGCCGGGAGGCGCGCGUGCACGAGCAGACGCACAACCCGCACUACCUGAAGGGCACCGUCCAGUCGUCCAGCAACAACUACAGCAGCAUGGCCGGCGAGCUGGCUGACACACCCGUCCAGCAGCUGGACCUGGACGUGCCCCUUCGGAUAGGCGGGUUCGCCAAUUCAGACGACUAUCUGAAAAUGCAGAACAGAUCCUACAAAGCCAGUAAAAAGAACAAGAAGAAGCGAUCCAAGAAGAAGCACGGAGCACAGAAGUCGUCCUCGGAGGACGAGGCGCCGCCGGUGGUGCACGAGGUGAGCGUGGGCGGCGAGAUGCCGGAGGGGGCGCGCUCCUCCGAGGACGAGAAGGACGCCCGGCCGGCCGACGAUCCGCACCGCGCGCUCGACAUCAACCUGGACGAGCCGCUGGCUCCAGACGAGGUACUGCCGGUGCGUGCCCACCGGCAGCCGGGCCGCGCGCCGCCCGCCGCGGCCGCGCCGGCCACCACCGAUGCCCGCGACCGCCACAAGAAGAAAAAGAAGAAGGACGACAAGAAGCGCAAGUCCAAGAAGGAGAAGCGCGCGCCGGAGGAGGAGCGGGCCGAGCCGGCGCCGCCGGCCGCUGCCGCCGAGGAGAACGGCAGGAAGCCGGAGGACGACAUUGAGUUUUGGCUGAGCGACAUGCCGGCGACGGCGACGCCGGCGGCUGCCGCCAACCCGGCGGGCACCGCUGGCCCGGCCGACGGCGCGGGGCCGGCCGGCACCGCCGAGCCGGUGCCGCCGCCGAAGGAGAACGGCGAGCCCGUCUCCAACGGCGCCACCAAGCAGAAGAAGCACAAGUCGUCCAAGAAGAGUAAGAAGAAUAAGAAGGAGAAGUCUGGCCGUCUGCUCGGCUACGAGGAGGCCGUGGGCAUAUCGACUCCGAGUCACGAGGUGGUGGCGCCAGGGCUGUCCGACCUGCCCGACUCCCGUCUGCAGCCGCUGGCCGAGAACGACCGACUGAAGCUGCUGUACGAGCCGAGGGCGAGUCCGACGGACGACGACCGAGUGACCGUGGCCGUGCUGGUCACCAACAAGAGCCCCGAGCCGCUGGCCGACAUACAGCUGCAGCUGGCCGCCAGCGACGCCGCCGAGCUGCUGGAGCAGGUGGAGCCGUUCUCGCUGGAGGCGGGCGCCAGCCGGGAGCUGCUGCUGCCGCUCCGCGUGCGCGAGGUCACGGCGCCGCUCAAGCUGGCUGCCAGUGUGACGUCACACACCGAGUCGGGCGGCGACACGCUGUCGUUCAAGCUGCGGCUUCCCUGCACCGCCCUGCUGGUGGGUCAGCUGGACGACAAGCAGCUGUUCUCAGACCUACUGGCCGGCGACCGGCUGACGGCCCGCGCCACCUGCCUCGUCUCCGAGGUCACCGACGACUUCAACCAGGUGCUGCGGCGGGUGGCCUUCUGGGGCCGACACACAGUCGUCGAGCAGAUCGACACGACGGCCAGCCUCUACAGCCGCUCCAUCUGCGGCGACCACGUCUGCGUGCUCGUCAAGCAGCUGGCGGCCGGCCGGCUCGGCAUCGACGGCAAGGGCACCAACCAACAGCUGCUCUCCAACGUGGUGGACGAACUGCGCGCCAUCGUCGCCUCCUAACUGAGCCGUGUGACGUCACACCCCGAGUCCGAUGACGUCACGGGCGUCCGAGGGGCGCCGCGGGGC